AUGUCCCAUGAAGAUUAUUCUGAGGAUAAUAACGAAAACCAUAUUGAUCAAUUAUCUGAUAUGUUUGCUAAUUUAGACAUUAGUAACUUUGACAUUUAUAAUACUAAUAAUAUAAACCCUGUUUAUUCUCCCAGGCCUAUAGAAAAAGGCUGGUGGGAUCAUUAUCUCACCGAAUCUCAGAAAUUAGAAAUUCUUAAUCAUAAGAAAAUCAUUAAGAUCGAGCCAGGAACCAGUAGAAGCACUGCUUUGGCUACGACUACCACGGGAGAAGAAGAUGCAAUGUAUACUCUGUGUCUCUCCAUGUUACAGCAUUUUGUAGGAACCAAUGUCCCCAUUGGAGAAAAAAUCCAGACACUUCUCCAAAACCUUAGGUGUCCUUCUCUUACCCACUUUAGAUGGUAUAAGGAUACUUUUCUUUCAAGAGUUUAUCAAUUAAACAAUCCCAAUUCUUUGCAUUGGAAAGCAAAAUUUAUUGAUGGAUUACCCCAUUUCUUUUCUGAAAAGGUUAGACAAUCUUUAAGACAGAAAAAUGAUGGGAUAAAUAUAAAUUAUUCGGACCUUACUUAUGGUCAUAUAAUUAACACUUGUGUUAAUGAAGGAUUAACUUUAUGUAAUGACAUAAAGCUUAGAAAUCAACUUAAAAGGCAAAAGCUUUCGGAGAAACACCAACUUGGUGAAUUUUGCGAACAAUUUGCUUUUGAUCUUGGAAAAUCUUCAGAUAAUAAUAAUAAGAAAAAAGGAAAAAAAUUCCGCAAUAAACCUUAUAAGGAUAAGUCAAAAACUUCUUAUAAAAAUUCUUAUAAGAAUAAGAAAAAGGGUCACUACAAUAAAGGUAGACCUAAAGAAAAGUCUUUGGACUCUAAAGGUAAAAGAAAAGCCAAAAAGCUUGAUAUAACGUGUCAUAAAUAUGGCAAACAUUGUCAUUAUGCCAACCAAUGUUGGACUAAAAAAGCUCUUAAUGAGAUAGAAGAUGAACAAUUGCGUUCUCAAUUAGAAAAAGUUUUACUUCUCAAUUCUGAUUCUGAAAAUUAUUCUUCAGAAGAGGAUAUUAAUAUGAUUUAUGAAUCCUCUACUGAAUGCUCUUCUGAAUAUUCCGACAAUAAUGAUUGUCAAUGUAAUUAA